AUGUCGGUUGAUGGAUGGGGUUUUUUCAAUAUUAAUAAAUGUGUGAGGAGUGGCCAUGUUGGACUCAGCCGCCUAAGAGCGACCCCCAGUUCGAGAAGUCCACGUCGGAUGAAUAAGCUGAGCUGGACCGAAGCCCGCGACCCACUCAGCCACGAACCCUUAUCCGAUCACAACCCGCGAAUCCUGCUUUGGAGUCUCUCGCCUCUCCUCUCGUCUCUCUCGUCUCGUCUUCCUCAGCCUGGGUCACAAGCUUUCUCUCGGUUCGAACGAACUAUUAUUCUGCUUCAGGGUUUCGCUGUGUUGUUGGAUUAUUGGAUUGCUUGCUUGCUUGUUCUCCGUUACGCUUGUUUGUUUGCCAAGCCUCGCUCGCUCGCUUGCUCGCAUUCCAUUCCGCAGUGCCGCACCGCAACCAUGGUGGCGUUGUUGCAGGCAUCGGCUCUGUCCGUGCCUGCUGCUUUCGCUUUGGCGGCAGUGAGCAACUCCGCUAGUGGAGCCCGUCCCUGCAGCAGCAGUAACAACAGCAGUUUGCUCAGUGGUUUCGCGGGCCGGUGUGUCGGAAGUUCGUCGUGUAGUCGGAGCCUCGGACCACAGAACGGCAGCCGCGUUUCCGCCUGGUUCAAAUUCGGGACGAACGGAGCUAGUUCUAAGGAAGCAGGGAUUUACGGGAGUCAGAAGCGUGCCGAUUAUGACGAGUCCGAUGUUGAGCAGUACUUCAACUAUAUGGGAAUGCUAGCAACGGAGGGCACAUACGAUAAGAUGUAUGCGCUUCUUAAUCAAGGUAUCCCUGCUGUGGAUAUCCUUCUAAUGAUGGCUGCCAACGAGGGUGAUCAACCUAAGGUUGAGGAGCUUAUUGAGGCUGGCGCUGACGGUAGUGUGAAGAAUAAUGAAGGAAAAUCUGCUCUGGAUCUUGCAUCAAAUGAGGUCAUUCGGGAGCUUAUUGCGAAAAGCGUGAAGGCAAACGCUUGAGCGUGGCAGAGCUGGUUUUGUCUGUUAGAGAGGGUAUUCUACACAUUGAACACAGUACACUCGUAGGUAUUAUGGGAUGAGCAAUGGCUUCUCAGGGUAAUGUCCGUGUAUUGCAGUGUAACUCAAAUUUCCACAAUUUUUGCACUAUAGACUUUGUACACAACAUCUGUUCAGCCUUCGGUUGCACUAAAGUUGAGGUACCUCGCUUGAUGUUAUCAUACAGAAUAUUCCUGUGUGGAACUUGGGGUGUGAUAUUUGUGUAGAGAUUGGAAGACGGCAUAUGGAUACAAUGGCUUUAAUCUUCUUAGGGUGCUGGACAUUGUGCUGCUGAUCGUACAACACACAUUUGUCCAGUGUUUGAUGUGACUGCAAUCACUAGUCUCAAGAUUCCUCUAAGUUGGAUUUGACGUUCCAACUCACCCUGCAAA